UAAGACUAAACUACAAAUAUCCCACUCAAACAAUGGCCGAGCUGAAGUGCUGGAAACAUCCCAUGUUCUCCUUAUUUAAACAAGUCAUCCAUCAACAUUUCCCUCCAACCAAAGCAGCAGUACGCCAGCAUUUCUGAGUUUCUCACUAGUUGAAAGUUUGAACAAGGAAACAUGUCGCCUGCUCUAUCUCUUUCUCUCCCCCACAUUCCCAUUUGCAAAUCUCAGGACCUUGCAAAUGAUGUCCAGAUUCCUAAAAGCACUAACAGAGACAGCCCAUCUCUCAAAACACCCCUAGAUAUCAAACUUAGUAAGAGAGAACUACUUAAUGCCACUGCUGUAGUACUCUUAACUGAAGGACUCUCUGUUGCUAAGCCUGCAAGAGCUGCGGAGCCAGAGAGUCCAGUUACUUCAACUUCAAGUGGAAUGUCUUACUCAAGAUUCUUUGAGUACUUAGAUGAAGGUGCUGUAAGAAAAGUGGACUUGUUUGAGAAUGGGACGGUAGCAAUAGCUGAGAUUUUUAAUCCCACACUUGAAAAGAUCCAGAGGGUCAAAAUCCAGUUACCAGGACUGCCACAAGAGUUGUUGAGGAAACUAGAAGAAAAUGUUGAUUUUGCUGCUCACCCAACAGAGCCGAACUGGACUGCUGCUCUACUUGACUUGUUGGGAAACUUGGCCUUUCCAUUGAUAUUGCUUGGCUCUUUGUUGUUAAGGACAUCAUCUACCAGCACCCCCGGAGGUCCCGGCUUGCCAUUUGGACUAGGAAGGAGCAAAGCCAAAUUCCAGAUCGAGCCUAAUACUGGAGUGACAUUUGAUGAUGUUGCUGGAGUUGACGAAGCAAAGCAAGAUUUUCAAGAAAUUGUGGAAUUCUUAAAAACUCCAGAGAAGUUUGCUGCAGUAGGUGCAAGGAUUCCUAAGGGAGUUCUGUUAGUAGGACCUCCAUGAACUGGAAAAACCUUGCUAGCUAAAGCAAUAGCUGGAGAAGCAGGCGUUCCUUUCUUUUCUCUGUCAGGAUCAGAGUUUAUUGAGAUGUUUGUUGGUGUAGGGGCUUCAAGAGUUAGGGACUUGUUCAACAAGGCUAAGGCGAACUCACCAUGCAUAGUUUUUAUCGAUGAGAUAGAUGCUGUCGGGAGGCAGAGAGGGACAGGAAUUGGUGGAGGAAAUGAUGAGAGGGAGCAGACACUGAAUCAAUUACUUACUGAAAUGGAUGGUUUUAGUGGUAAUAGUGGAGUGAUUGUUAUUGCUGCUACAAACCGACCUGAAAUUCUUGAUUCCGCGUUGCUUAGGCCAGGAAGAUUUGAUAGGCAGGUCACAGUUGGGCUACCAGAUGUGAGAGGUAGGGAAGAGAUAUUAAACGUGCAUAGCAAAAACAAGAAGCUGGACAAAGGGGUCUCUCUGAGCGUUAUUGCCAUGAGGACGCCAGGAUUCAGUGGUGCAGACUUGGCUAACCUAAUAAAUGAAGCGGCUAUUCUUGCUGGUAGGAGAGGCAAAUACAAGAUCACCCUGAAAGAGAUUGAUGAUUCAAUCGAUCGAAUCGUGGCAGGCAUGGAGGGAACCAAGAUGACUGAUGGAAAGUGCAAAAUUUUGGUGGCUUACCAUGAAGUUGGGCACGCUGUUUGCGCGACAUUGACACCCGGACAUGACCUGGUGCAGAAAGUCACUCUAAUUCCCCGGGGACAAGCUCGUGGUCUAACGUGGUUCAUACCAGGUGAGGAUCCGACUCUCAUUUCCAAGCAACAGCUAUUUUCUAGGAUAGUUGGAGGACUUGGAGGAAGAGCAGCAGAGGAAGUGAUUUUUGGUGAAUCAGAAAUCACAACUGGUGCAGCAGGGGACCUGCAACAGAUCACUCAAAUCGCUAAACAGAUGGUAACAAUGUUUGGCAUGUCUGAGCUCGGACCAUGGGCACUGACCGAUCCAGCAGCACAGAGCAGUGAUGUGGUGCUAAGGAUGCUAGCUAGAAACUCCAUGUCAGAGAAACUCGCGGAAGAAAUCGAUUCAUCAGUGCGAGACAUAAUUGAAAGAGCAUAUGAGAUUGCUAAGGAACAUAUAAGGAACAAUAGGGAGGCCAUUGAUAAACUAGUGGAGGUGCUGCUAGAAAAGGAAACCCUCUCGGGGGAUGAGUUCAGGGCAAUCUUGUCUGAAUUCACAGAUAUUCAUGUUGAUAAAAUAGAUAGAACCCCUGUAAGAGAAUUGAUUAAUGCCUAGCAUAAUUACUUGGAUAGUGUAGCACAUAAAAUUAUAGCAAGAAGUGUAAGGCUUGUAUUCAAAAUGUGCAUGCCACUGACCUCUCGUCCGGAUGGUAGCAUUCCCGUUGCAAAGCAAAGAAGUGUUCCCCGUUGAUGAAGUCGUGAAAACUUGAGAUGUGCUUUCCACGGCUGCUUCUCCCCUGCAAAAGCAAAUCUCUUAUUCAAAAAUAUGGAAAUCUUUGAUUCAAGAA